AAAGAGCAUGUGGGCACCAGGAUGGGUCUGCUGCAGCUGAAGUGCACUGGGCACCAGCUCUGUGUGCUGAUCUUCCUUGAGGCUGCUGGAGCCUCGGCCUUGAUGUUCUAUGCACUGAUGUGGGAAGCUGGGAACUUGGUCAACCUUCCUCACAAACGUAUCGGCUUUUACAACUUCUGCCUGUGGAAUAAGACAGCUGGGGAGCUGCAGUGCCUGGAGUACAAGCAUUUGCAGAUGAUGGGCAUUAGCUCAGGAAUUGUCCUGGCAGUGCUUUCUGUGUAUACCUGCCUGGUCAUCAGUAUCUUCUAUGCCAUGUUUGUUGCAUGUGUGAAGUGCACAGAGGAGAAAGGGGGCAGGAGGGGGUUCUUCAUCAUACCCCAAAUCAAGACGAUACUGCUGUCUGGAGGCCUGACUAUAUUUCUUUUCCAAACCUCACAGUGGAUUCAACCCUCUGACUUCACUGGGGGCUUCCUGGCACUGCUUGGGACUCUGAUUCUACUACUGCUCCAGAUUUUCACUGCCACUACGUACCUCAGCCAGGACAGGCUCGUGUCAAACCAUUCUAAGAAGGCCCUGGCCAUUGAGAUUUGACAGAGAAGAAGAUGCAAAAGUUAUCAAUAACCUGAUUUGAAAUAGUAAUCCCACUACAGUUUAAGUCACGGGCAGGAAUUUGAUACGUGGUCCAAGGGCCCUUGUCCAGCCAUGCUCUGGCACACGGCUGUGACUGCCACCACUGGCCGGCAGUGCUCCAGCAGCCAGUAGGCAGCAGGCACCAAGAACAGCAUGAGAGCAUCUCAGGAACAGCAGCCCUCAGCCUGGGACACAGCAUCAAAGCAAUAGCAUUUCUGGUCCUGACCCAGAGGACAGUGAAGGGGACAGAUCAGAACAAGCACACAGUGGACACAUCCCACUGGCCAUAUCUAGCCAAACUGUAGACAGGCAGAGAAGCAAACAAGCUUCUUUUCUUGGAGCUGCUCAGUGUCUCUGCUUCUUCUCCACCUCCUUGACUAACUGGAGAUGCCUUUGAGGCAACUGUAACUUGAGGAGUGUGAGGUGACUUGAGGCUUCACAAAGCCAUCAUAGAAGUGGCAGCCCCAAAGAUACACUGGAAAUACUCUCCUCAGCAGAAGUGCCUGUACUUCACCUGCUGGAAUAGCAUCUGGAGUGACUCGGCUGUAGUUCAUUAAGGUGAAGUGGCACACAUCUAACCCCAGAAGCAAGAGAGCACUUAGAGGGGCAGCCUAACACCUUGCUGAGCACAGCCCUAGUGAGGAGGAUUUCCACAAGAAAGCAGACAGUUUAGGUGCAGAGCCCCAGGUUUCUCCCCAUUGAUAUUACAGGGUUGAGCCCAGCACUUCAGCAGCCUUUGAGACUUCAGGAGAGACUGCUCCUGUGUGAGGGCAGCUCACUGCAGCGCCAGCUCAGCCCAACAUGUGUCCCAUGCAAAGGUGUGCCCAGGGAGCAGAGCCAGGCCUGCCAGAGGCCAGGAUGCAGUGCCCCAGCUGGGCCAUCGUAGCCAGAGCACUGGACGAGGUCUCCACCCAGUGGUGCACAGCACUGCUCCAUGCUGUGUCUGUAACAUCGCACAGGGAAGGACCUGCUUUCUCCCUCCCCUCCCCCAUCCCCUUUGGGCACGUAAGAAUCUUUUUUCUGAUGCUGGUUUGACUGAUUCUUCAUUUCAGUAAAGGUUCUCACACCUGC